AUGGCCGCCGCUGCCGCCGCCGUCGAGGAACUCCACACGGACGUGCUGACAGAGGUCCUCCGCCGCCUGGACGGGCCCUCCUUGGCUGCCACCAGCUGCGCCACCUCCCACCUCUGCGCCGUCGCGGGGGCCCAGCACCUGUGGGAGGAGCUCUGCCUGUCCACCUGGCCAUCGCUCCGGCUCCUGCCGCCGCUGCCGAGACGAUCCCACCGCUCCUUCUUCUCCGACGUCUACACCUUCCCCUCCCCCGACGGCGGGCGGCGCUCCGGCGAACCGCCGGCACUGCUGAUCUCGGCGGUGGACCUGCUCCACGAGGGGAGGCCCGUCUUCUCCAGGGUGGUGCAGACGAACGCGAAGGGCCGGUGGUUCUCCUGCUCGCCGUUCAGAGUCGACGCGCUCGAGCCCACCGAGGAUGGCGGCGCCACUCCCCCGGUGCCCGCCGGCGUCUCAACGGAGGGGAUGACGCUGAGCUGGAUCCUGAUCGAUCCCGCCAGCGGGGGGGCGGUGAACCUGUCGAGCCGGAGUCCCGUCUCAGUGGAGCGGCAAUGGUACACAGGGGAGAUCCUGGUGCGGUUCGCGGUGGUGCUGGACGGCGGCGGCGCCGCCGCCAUCGCGGUGGUGGCCUGCGAGGAGGAGACGAUGCAGCCGCGGGAGGUGAGGCUGACGGUGGAGGACGCCGACGGGAUGCUCCUCAAUGGGAGGGAGAGCCUCGCCGUGCUAGCGGCAGCGCUGGACGGCGGCCGGCAGCGCGGCGGCGCGGCGGGGGAGGCGGAGUCCCGCAGGCAGUACAGGGAAUACGCGAAGAGGGGCACCGCGAGGAAGGAGCGGAGGAUCGAGCACGGCGGCGGCCUGCUCGAGCUCCGCUGCGUCGCCUCCGCCGCCGCCUUCCUCUUCAUCUCCCUCUCCCUCUCCCUCAUGACCUUUGUGUAA